GCCUCCCAAAGUGCUGGGAUUACAGGCAAGAGCCACCGUACCCAGCUGAAAACUUUUUGUAAUGAGCCAAUUCUGCGUGAAACUUUUGGUUUUCUAUAAAAGCCGCUGUGUUCCAAGGACACCCGUGGUACGCAGCUCCUUUGCUGUGUGAUCAUUUCUGGCCUCCUUUUUGUAUUCUUGUCAUAGCAUCUGACUUUUAGUCAUUAGCCAAGCAAAUGCAGCAGUUCAUCAUCUCAGAGAUUAAUCUACGGAGAAUAAAAGAGGUAGCGUCCUUGGUGCGGGAGUCAGGCGAGAAGGUCCCUUCUGGAGGAAUUGUUUUGUAUCUAGAACACCAAGGAAUUAUGCUCCUGAAACAUAGAGCCAGGAUGAAUCUUUGUUAACUCAUCAGAAUGUUUUCUCAGUAAAAUCCACAAGAUCUUCUUCAUCCAGUGUGAAAAACUGGGCGGCUGAGGCAGGAGAAUGGCGUUAACCCAGGAGGCCGCGGAGCUUGCAGUGAGCAGAGAUUGCGCCACUGCACUCCAGUCUGGGUGACAGAGCCAGAUUCCAUCUCAAAAAAAAAGAAAACUUGGGCUUCAGCAGUCAACACCAAGCAAUAAGAGGCAAUCAACAGUGUAGUAUGAAAACAUCAUGAGCUUGAAAGAACUUAACAUGAAAUUUAGAAAUCUAUGUCACAUAUACCAUGAUGGUUACUGAAAUAAAACAUCAAUCACCUGUAUUCUUAUCACUCCUCAAAAUGUUUUCUUCCCGUCCCAUGGCCCUUUCUGGAGUUUUCUCCAUGCUUAUAUAACUGUACAGAGUUGUCACUUUCAUGGAGAUGAAAUUGCGUGCGUUGCUGUUUUGGCUUCACAUUGUUGAGUAUUUUUUUAUGCUACUAAAACUUCAUGGUGAGCAUUUCAACGCCCGUGUAAUGCUGCAUCCAGAUGCUCUGUAAUAAUUACACUCCCGUUCUCCUGUGGCUGUUCAAUUACGUAAUUUUCCACUUGAAGUCAUAAUAAGUAAUGCACAUCCCCGUGACCACAGCUUCGUGCCUCAGCCCAAGCUCCAGGAGCAGAGGACUGGGUCAAAGCACCUGGACGUUUUUGUGACUUUUGAACUGCAUUGUGGAACCGUGUGAAGGACACUUUUCUCAACGUGAUGUACCACUUUGAUUUGACGCUGUUUUCUCCUGCCAGUUCAGAAUGAUAGGGUAAGAGAAUACUCUGUGUUGAUGGAGAGACUCAGAUUUGGGUCUCAAAUGUGUUUUCUGCGUAACAACGAGAUGGGAUCCAGUGAUGCGGUCUGGGCUGUUGGGUACUCACUUUUCCUAAAAGAUGCCAUCUGCUUGCAGCAGAAUAGGCUGUGACACGCAGGAGCCCCCAGGGAAACGGCCACGGCAGUGGUGGGUGUUAAUGAGCAGGCAUAAGGGGCUGCUCCCAGCGGUGCUUCCUCUGAAGCCAUUGCCACCUGCAGCAGCACAGGAGACAGAAAGGCCCUUUCUCCAGGUCCAGGCGGCUCAGGCCCCUAUGUGCCCUGGUGUAGGAGAGACCCAGGCUUCUUGGUAGAGGCCCAGAGCCCUGCGCUGCCACCAUUGCUGGAUGAUGCUCAGGACCUCGGGGCUGGCCAUGCUGGCUCUGGUCUGUGCUGUGGGCUCAAGCCAGGCCAGCGGCUUCACAGAAAAAGGCCUCUCCCUGUUGGGCUACCAGCUGUGCAGCUACCGCGUGACCCACACUGUGCGGAAGGUGGAGGCUGUGCAGACGUCCUACAUGACCUAUGCGUCCUGUGGUGGCUGGAUCCCCUGGAGGCGGUGCCCCAAGACUGUUUACCGGACCCAGUACCUGGUUGUGGAGGUUCCUGAGUCCAGGAACGUGACCGACUGCUGUGAGGGCUACGAGCAGCUCGGCCUCUACUGUGUCUUGCCUCUGAAUCAGUCCAGGGAGUUCACAUCAAGACCCGGGGUCUGCCCCGCAGAAGGGCCUGAACCAUCCACCUCCCCCUGCAGCUUGGACACCGACUGUCCUGGACUUCAGAAGUGCUGCCCCUGGUCAGGGGGCCGCUGCUGCAUGGCCCCUGCACCCCAAGCUCCAGAGAGGGGCCCCGUGGGCUCCUGGUACAACGUCACCAUACUGGUGAAAAUGGACUUCAAGGAACUCCAGCAAGUGGACCCCAGGCUCCUGAACCACAUGCGCCUUCUGCAUUCCUUGGUCACCAGCGCCCUGCAACCAAUGGCCUCCACCAUCCACCACCUGCACUCGGCCCCUGGGGACGCCUCCACCACGGUGUCACGGCUGCUGCUGGGCCUGCUGCAGCCACUGCCUGUGGCCGACGUCUCUGCCCUGCUGGGUGACAUUGCGAAGCGUGUCUAUGAAGUGAUCAGCGUCCAGGUGCAAGAUGUCAAUGAGUGUUUCUACGAGGAGCUCAACGCCUGUUCUGGAAGGGAACUGUGCGCAAACCUGGAGGGCUCGUACCAGUGCGUCUGUCACCAGGAAGCUCCAGCCACGUCUCCGCGGAAGCUCAACCUGGAGUGGGAAGAUUGUCCUCCACUCAGUGACUACGUGGUCCUCAACGUCACCAGUAGCAGUUUUCAAGUAUCCUGGUGUUUAAAUUCUACGCAGAACCACACUUUCCAUGUCUGGGUUUACCGAGGUAUGGAGUUGCUCAGGAGCGCCAGGACACAGGGCCAGACACUGGCGGUGGCUGGGCUGGAGGCUGGAGUGCUGUACAGGGUGAAGACCAGCUACCAGGGGUGUGGGACCAACGUCUCCACCACGCUGACUGUCAAAACCGAUGCCCAGGUAUUUGAAGUCACAAUAAAGAUUGUAAACCACAACCUGACAGAGAGGUUACUCAACCACAGCAGCAUGGAGUUCCAGGACUUUUCUAGACAACUGCUUCACGAGGUCGAGAGCUCCUUCCCGCCGGCGGUGUCUGACUUGUACCGAAGUGGGAAACUGAGAAUGCAGAUCGUGUCUCUCCAGGCGGGAAGCGUGGUCGUGAGGCUCAAGCUCACCGUGCAGGACCCUGGGGUUCCCGUGGGUGUCUCCACGCUGGCCCCCAUGCUCCGGCCCCUGUUGGCAAGCACAGUGUUCCAGAUUGACCGGCAGGGGACACGUGUGCAAGACUGGGACGAGUGUGUGGACAGCGCAGAGCACGACUGCUCGCCGGCUGCCUGGUGCAUCAACCUGGAGGGCUCCUACACCUGCCAGUGCCGCACCACCAGGGACGCCACCCCUUCCCGCGCAGGCCGGGCCUGUGAGGGUGACCUGGUGAGCCCCACGGACAAUGGGCUGUCUGCGGUGACAGGGCUAACGGCCCCAGCUCUUGGCACGGGAACAGCAGCCCUCGGCCUAGAGAACUUCACCUUGUCACCCAGCCCUGGGCACCCUCAGGGCACCCCAGCAGCAGGCCAGGACUGGGCCCCAGGGCCCCCGCCCAGGAGAGGAGGCAGCAGUGUGGUCGGGUAUGACAGGAACAGCACAGGAAAAGGCGAGGAGCAGGAGGCGCCCAGCACUGCCCUGGGUCUGGGGAUGGACCAGGGGAGCCCCAGCGAGGUGAACCCCAGCCAGGGGAGCCUCAGACAGGCGAGCCCCAGCCAGGGGAGCACCAGCCGGGUGAGCCCUGGUCAUAGGAACACUAUUGGGGUGAUAGGCACCACCUCCUCCCCGAAGGCUCCUGGGUCAACCCACAGCUUCCCUCCUGGGGCCACAGAUGGCCCACUGGCCCUCCCUGGACAGCUACUGGGAAACUCCACCGUGGAGCCACCCUCCUGGCCUUCCCCUACUGAGGACCCCACCGGCCACAUCAUGUGGCAUGCCACCCGUUCCACCUGGGAAACACUUCUGAAUCCCACGUGGCUGCAAAAUGAGGACAGUGGACCUUCCGGUUCUGUCGACCUGCCAUUGACCCCCACCCUCACACCUCUGAAGACCCCCGCCUGUGUUCCCGUCUCCAUUGGGAGGAUCGUGGUCUCCAAUGUGACCAGCACAAGCUUCCACCUGGCCUGGGAGGCAGGUCUUGCUUUGGACUCCGCCUUCCAGCUCACUCUGACUUCCGCAUGGAGCCCCACCGUGGUCCUGGAGACCUGGAACACGAGUGUGACAGUGUCGGGGCUGGAGCCUGGGGUCUUACACCUGGUUGAGAUCGUGGCCAAAGCAUGUGGGAAAGAAGGUGCCAGAGCUCAUCUGAAAGUGAGAACAGCGGCCCAGAAGCUCAUUGGAAAGGUCAGAAUUGCAAAUGUCAGAUACUCAGAAUCCUUUUGCAACGCGAGCAGCCAGGAGUAUCGAGAUUUCCUAGAACUGUUCUUCAGGACGGUGCGGGGCUCCCUGCCAGCCACGCUGCGUCAGCACAUGGACGCCGGCGGGGUCAGGAUGGAAGUCAUCGGCGUCACCAACGGCAGCGUCGUGGUGGAGUUUCACUUGCUGAUAAUCGCAGAUGUGGAUGUCCAGGACGUGUCAGCUGCAUUCCUCACCGCCUUCCAGAUCGCGCCUCUGCUGGAGGUGAUCAGAGGCGACACCUUCAUACAGGAUUACGAUGAGUGUGAGAGGAAGGAGGACGACUGUGUGCCCGGGACAUCCUGUCGAAACACCCUCGGGUCUUUCACUUGUAGCUGUGAGAGAGGAGCCCCCGAUUUCCCUGUGGAAUAUUCUGGCAGACCCUGUGAAGGUGACUCUCAUGGCAACGAAACCUGGGCCACCAGCCCAGAGAGGCCUCUCACCACAGCAGGGACCAAGGCUGGCUUUGUUCAAGACACCAGCCCCACCCCACAAGGCCUGCCCCAGCGGCUGAACCUGACGGGAGCAGUCAGGGUGCUCUGUGAGAUCGAGAAGGUGGUUGUCGCCAUCCAGAAGCGCUUCCUGCAGCAGGAAUCCAUCCCCGAGUCCUCGCUGUACCUGAGCCACCCCUCCUGCAACGUGAGCCACAGCAAUGGCACACACGUGCUCCUGGAGGCCGGCUGGAGCGAGUGCGGGACCGUCUUGCAGAGCAACGUGACGAACACUGUGGUGAGGACCACGCUGAGGAACGACCUGUCCCCGGAGGGCAUCAUCCACCACCUGAAGAUCCUGAGCCCCAUCUACUGUGCCUUCCAGAAUGAUCUGCUGACGUCCUCCGGCUUCACCCCGGAGUGGGGGGUUUACACCAUCAUUGAGGACCUCCACGGCGCUGGAAAUUUUGUUACCGAAAUGCAGUUGUUUAUCAGGGACUCUCCCAUACCUCAGAAUUAUAGCGUGUCUGCCAGUGACGACGUCAAGAUCGAAGUGGGGCUCUACAGGCAGAAAAGCAACCUCAAGGUGGUCCUGACGGAGUGCUGGGCAACCCCGUCCAGCAACGCCCGGGACCCGGUCACCUUCAGCUUCAUUAACAACAGCUGCCCGGUGCCCAACACAUACACCAACGUGAUUGAGAAUGGCAACUCCAGCAAGGCUCAGUUCAAGCUGAGGAUCUUUUCCUUUAUCAACAACUCUAUCGUCUAUCUGCACUGCAAACUCCGCAUCUGCAUGGAAUCCCCUGGGGCCACGUGCAAAAUCAAUUGCAAUAACUUUCGGUUGCUGCAAAAUAGUGAAACCUCUGCCACACACCAGAUGUCCUGGGGACCCCUCGUCAGGUCUGAAGGUGAGCCUCCACGUGCAGAAGCAGGCCUGGAUGCCGGUUAUGUGGUCCUCCUUGUGGUGGCCAUCUUUGCGCUGGUGGCGGGGGCAGCCACCCUUCUGAUCGUGCACUACUGGAGAAUGAAUGGGAGAUACAACUUUAAAAUCCAGUCCGACAAUUUCAGCUACCAGGGGUCCUACGAAUAGGAGGCGCAGGCUGACAAGAAGGUUGCGGUGAGUCAGCCCGCCUCCAGAACCUUGGAGCUUCCCUGGCGGGCUCCCCCGGCAUCUCUAGUGUCUCUCUGCACCUCCACCCAUCCCUCGGUUCUUAGCUCUUCAAGCCUUAACGGGGGUCUGCUCUGACGGAUGUGCUCUGCCAGCGCCUGGGUGAAUCCAGAGGGGAUGACAGCAGCCACCACCUGCCCCCAAGAGGCAGGCCAUCCUGUAGGUCUUAGAGGAGCCACAGCCCACAGGCAGAUGAAGGGGCUACGGGAGAUGGGGGCAGUGCUGGGGGUGCUCUGGCUCCACCACCACCCAUGCAACCCCCACAGCCCGGACCUCCCAGACCUGUGACCCUCCACACCAGCCCACCGAACCCUUCCGGGCUUGCUCUCGCUUGGCGUCCAUCACCCCUUUGGCAAAUAUAGAAUAUUUCACAUUCUCA